CCUGGGCUUUUUGAAUGAGAGACAUCAAAGAAAACACAGGAAAAAAAAAUUGAAUAAAAAUGAGCUCGCUGCUAGGGCUCGAAGCCCCACAGUGUGGACAUUUCAUUCCCGAGCGGAGUGUGUUUCUCACUGCAGCAGUUGAGUCACCAGCAAGACUUGCCUGAGGUGAGCUCCGCACAUCCGCGUUGGGACUUGCAGACACGCCUUCUUCUCACACAAACCUUACCCAGCCCCGCCACCGCGGCGGACUCCAAGGGUGGUGCCACCAGCCCUGCCACUCGCAGUCCUGACGGGCAGGGGCUGCGGACCGCCUGGCCUUGGACCCAUCCGGAGCCACAGGUUGGAGGAGAUAAGGAGCUGUCCCCGUGCUCGUAGCCCUGUGAAGCAGAUCCUGUCUCCUUGCUGGCGGUGGAGCCCGGGAGUUCCAGGGCUUGGGAAGGGGAAGGAAACCUCUCUGAAAUCUGACACCUGCUCUCCCGGCAAGGAAACUUCGCAGGCUGACCGACCAAGACCAUCACUAUGACCGAUGGAGACUAUGAUUAUCUGAUCAAACUCCUGGCCCUCGGAGAUUCAGGGGUGGGGAAGACAACAUUUCUUUAUAGAUACACAGACAAUAAAUUCAAUCCCAAAUUCAUCACUACAGUAGGAAUAGACUUUCGGGAAAAACGUGUGGUUUAUAAUGCACAAGGACCAAAUGGAUCUUCAGGGAAAGCAUUUAAAGUGCAUCUUCAGCUUUGGGACACUGCGGGACAAGAGCGGUUCCGGAGUCUCACCACUGCAUUUUUCAGAGACGCCAUGGGCUUCUUAUUAAUGUUUGACCUCACUAGUCAACAGAGCUUCUUAAACGUCAGAAACUGGAUGAGCCAACUGCAAGCAAAUGCUUAUUGUGAAAAUCCAGAUAUAGUAUUAAUUGGCAACAAGGCAGACCUACCAGACCAGAGGGAAGUCAAUGAACGGCAAGCUCGGGAACUGGCUGACAAAUAUGGCAUACCAUAUUUUGAAACAAGUGCAGCAACUGGACAGAAUGUGGAGAAAGCUGUAGAAACCCUUUUGGACUUAAUCAUGAAGCGAAUGGAACAGUGUGUGGAGAAGACACAAAUCCCUGAUACUGUCAAUGGUGGAAAUUCUGGAAAGUUGGAUGGGGAAAAGCCACCAGAGAAGAAAUGUGUCUGCUAGACUCUAAAUAGAAACUGAACAUCAAGAACCCCACCAAAAUAUUACUUUUAUAAACAAUGACAAACCACACAAUUGUCGUUGAGUAAACCAUGCACAAUGGCAUGUCUUUCUUUUUCUGCCAGAAAAUCUAUUUUAAGAAACCAGGAUAGUCAACAGUGUUCAAAAGAAUUGACUAGUUAUUCCCGAGACCCUUUCAAACAAGAUCAAAGAUUUCCCACAUGUGAUCUCAUCAUCAUGGAUACUCAAUUUGUUUUUCUUAUAGAGAAAAUGAGUAUAUAAGACAACAUACAAGAAGAAAUAUCAGUGAGUUUUAAAUCAGAACAAGUUAUCUGUCACAUUGGAGAAAAGGGUGGGCUACUGAAGGGAGAACACAGAAAUAAGAAUUUCUAAAAGGUUGGGUUUACUUCUUAUAUUGAAUCAGAUGUAUACUUUUAGAUUUGCAUUGGGGAAAACGUAUUAACUAAAAAUGCAUACACAAUGAAGAAUUCUAUUUGGCUAAUUAAGAAUGACAUACUAUGUACACCCAAUAAGCUGUACUAGAAUGAAUAGAUUACUGAUAAGGUUA